AUGGCGUCCGACAAGACUGUUAUUCUCAUCACCGGCGCGAACGGCGGCAUUGGACUCGAGGCGGUCGUCGCGCUGGCCCAGGCGUCGGCCUGCCUGCACAUCCUGCUGGGGGCGCGCUCGCUCGAGAAAGGCCAGAAAGCGCUCGACGAGAUCCGGUCCUCGCCAUCUCUUCCCGGCGGCGAGCUCAAGUCGGCCAUCUCGGUCGUACAGAUCGAAGUGACAGACCAAGCCUCGAUCCUCGCCGCGCGGGACCACGUGGCGGCCACGUUCGCGCGGCUCGACGUGCUGGUCAACAACGCGGGCAUCAUCGUGAUCAAGCCCGAAUACGACACGCUGGCCGACGCGCGCGAGACGUUCGAGACCAACGUGUUCGGGCCGCUGGCCGUGACGGAGGCCUUCGAGCCGCUGCUGCGCAAGUCCUCCAGUCCCCGCGUCGUGCACGUGUCGUCGGAGCAGGGUUCGGUGUCGCUGCGCCUCGACCCGGCCUACCCCUCCGUUAACGUCCGCGGCGACACGUACCGCAUGAGCAAGGCCGCGCUCAACAUGCUCGCCGCCUGCCACCGCCACAAUUUCGCCGACUGGGGCUGCAAGGUCUGCGCGUUCAACCCGGGAUUUUGCGUCACGAAUCUCACGGGCCCGAGGGGCCGCGAGAUGCGCAUCAAGGGCGGUGCGCGCCCGGCGAGGGAUGCUGGUCUUGCCCUGGCUGAGGUUGUGCUGGGGAAGCGGGAUGAGGAUGUCGAGAAGAGUGGCAUUGUCGACGUUGAUGGCGGUGUGAAGCCGUGGUAG